UGAGCUACUGUAUAUCUGUGUGUAUAAUUAUUAAUACAUUUUUUGUAAAUUAUACAUUAAAGCAUUUUUUUUUACUUUGUUUGCACAGUCAUGUGAUGUGGAAAGGUGCUAUGGAAUGUGGUCAGCUGACCCCUCAAUCUGUACGUAAGGUCAACAUUUUUCGCAAUCCAGGAGUGGGCUUUGGAUUUGUUGCUGGCAGUGCACGACCCGUUGUAGUACGAUCAGUCAUCUCAGGAGGUCCAUCAGAAAACAAGCUACUUUCAGGAGAUCAGAUCUUAGCAAUAAAUGAUGAGGAUGUGAGUGAGGCCUCGAGGGAGAGAUUCAUUGAACUGGUCAGGAAUGCUAAGGACUCAAUCACUUUGACAGUACUACAUCCUCACCAAUCUCCCAAAUCUGCAUUUAUAAGUGCAGCAAAGAAGGAGAAACUUCGUUCCAAUCCAGGAAGAGUAAGAUUUUCUGAACUUGUGACUGUGGGAGAUACAAAUCCAGAUAUGUUGAAAAUGAAGGAUACUCCCCCUCUCCUGCUCAUACCUAAUGUACUAAAAGUGUUCUUGGAGAAUGGACAAAUCAAAUCAUUCACCUUUGAUGGAAGGACCACAGUAAAGGAUGUUAUGGUCACCCUUCAGGAUCGUCUUUCCCUUUGUCACCGUGAUCAUUUUUCUCUUGUUCUUGAGUAUACUGCAUCAGAUCAAAACCAGAAAUAUUUAUUACUUCAAGACAAGCAACCACUAGCUCAUGUUGUACAUCGAACUCACUAUCAAGGUAUGAAAUGUUUGUUUCGAAUCAGCUUCUUUCCGAAAGAUCCAGCUGAUAUUCUUCAUUCUGACCCUGCUGCGUUUGAAUAUCUAUACAUACAGAGUCGUAAUGAUGUGAUUAGAGAGCGGCUAGGAGCUGAACUAAAGCCAGAAAUUCUCCUGGGACUCAGUGCACUACACAUCUACAUAAGUGUCAGCUCAUCUCGUCCAGGUCAUAAGAUUUCACUACGUGGAGUUGAGAAAGAAUGGGGCUUGGAACCUUUCCUUCCUCCAUCACUUCUACAUGUGUACAAAGAAAAACCCCUCCGCAAAGCAUUGGCACAACACCUGAAGAUUCACCAAAACCAAUUAUCUGGUAGCAAGAUGUCUAUUAUUCAAGCCAAGCUUCGUUACCUACGUAUUCUAAAUGAGCUGCCUACUUUUGCUGGUGUCCUCUUCAAUACAGUUGGCAUGGAUGAGAAAACUCCAGCAACUACACUUCUUGUUGGUCCACGACAUGGUAUCAGUCAUGUAAUUGAUCUGAAGACCAAUCUCACAACAGUGCUGUUUGAAUUCAGCCAAGUUACAAAAGUCCAGUUGUUCAGAGAAUCUCAAGGAGUGGCACGUGUUGAGACAAGCGUCACUGAUACAAAGGCUCUCAUAUUACUCAUGGAUUGGCCUGAAGCCACAAGUUUUGCUUGUUUGGUAGCAGGAUAUUAUCGUCUGAUGGUGGACCCCAAGAAAGGCAUAUUUUACAGAACAACAGGUCACUUGCCGCCACCUCAGAUUAUCAAGGCAGAUCGCAUCAGUAUGCCCGAAGUGCCAGGCAUGCCAACCUCUGCAAAGGCAGCUCCCCCCUCCAGCUCAUCUGUGGAUUUCUCCUUCUCAAAGUGCACAGCUCCUGCACCCUAUGCCCCUUCUGAGAACCAGGAGCCUAUCAGUUUGUGCUACCUCAACCUACAGGACAAAGAGAGGAGAGAUGUCAACCAAAAUCUUGUUACAGAAGAAGCCAGACCGCGAACAAAGUCUGAUCCUACACCCAAGGGGUUAUCCAGCCAACAUGGAGCGGGGGGGAACAAGGAUUCGCCCGAGGUCAGCAGGUCCCGUUCCUUCACAAUGGACACCGAGGUGAAACUGGAGAGUGCCCAAAUCUAUUGUGACUCCUGUAAGGCUAAAAUAAAGAGCAAUUUUGGGGGAGGCGAUAAGGAUGUGAAAUGUAAAAACCCAUGUGGAUACUCAGCCUGUAGAGACAACAUGGUUGAUCUCAUAUCUUUGCCGCCUCCUGAACAUUUGCAAAAUAAAGAGGAAGAAGAGGGUGAACAUGAAAAAGAAGGUGAGUCAGGUGAAAGGGAGAUAGGUGAAACAGCAACUCUAUUGUCUUCUGAAGCACCCCCACCACCAGGAUUUGGGGAUAACAGUUCAGAUGAGGAAGAAACCAAUCGGAUUAAUGUGAAGGGUCAGGAUAAAGGCAGGGAACAGAAAAAAGACAGUGUGAUGCCAGUAUGUGGAUAUGAGGAGUUACCAGUCACCCUAAUUGACAGUGUCCAAACAAGAACUGUCAAAGAUCAUGCAAAGGAACUUGAUGAUGCCCUAGUUUCUACUCUGCAAGCUCUGGAGGCUCUUGCUGCCUCUGAGGACUUUCCCAAUACAACACCCCAACCCACAGCAGGUCUCAUUGUACUUGCUGCAAUUACUCCAGAGUCGUCCAUGGACUCAGGGCAUGAAACAAACUCCUCAGAACUCACUGAUGGUUCAGAGAUGGUGACAGCUAUAAAACCACAUCACAACACUGCCUAUUUCCUGGCCCAUCACCUUAACAAAGAGAGUCUGCUUUCUCGAAAAGAUCUCCCAUUUAAAAUUCAGACGUGUGCAGCUCAGGCUGUCCUCUCCUCUCCUUACUCUUUAGCUCGCUUAGACACUAGCCCUCUGUUGAAGCCUGCAAUUUUACAACAGCAUUUUACAGGAGCAGAUCAGCAACAAAAUUUAACAGACGCAAUUUCAAAUACACUGUUUAACUUCCAUAGUGAAGUAUCCACGCCUACAUCCCCUGAAAAAUUUCGGGAUGACACUUGUUUGAUGACACCCAUAAGUUCCACAAAAAUCCCACAGAAUGUUUCAAAAUAUAAUUCUGAUCCUUCCUCAGCUAUCAUACAAAGCUCUUCUGAAGGAACAUCAUCAUCUCCAGCAGAAAAAAGCCACAAGAAUAGCUCUAUGUUUCAAAAAGACAGAGAUAUUGAGGAAGGUAGCCUGUGUGAUUGUCAAUUAUCACAAGCAGAGCCUUCUUCAGUAACACUGGGUGAACCAAGCAGUGGGGGACAUGAUGUACUUCACAAUUCCCCAACAGAUGAUGAGAGGCUCCAUGCAAAAGCUUGCUCUGUCAAGACUCCAGAGGAGCAGCUUCAAAGCCAAAAGAUAAUAGAAAAAAAUGAGAUAACCAAAUCAUAUGUAGAAAAUAUAGUUUCACCAAAGCUGGGCAAAAGGAAGCAAGAACCAACUGAAAAAACUCUCAAAACAGAGCAAAUCCCUUCUGUCUCCAACAGCUUUGUGCAUGCACGAGACAAUACAAAAAUAACAACCAAAUCAGACACUGACAUAGCAACACCCUUAAGAAUACCAGAAAAAGUGCCUACUCCAAUUCAGCUGGAAGAUUGCGAUGCACCAGCUAAACCAAGAGCACGAGCCCCCUUCAAGUUGCGGAAACUAUUUUCUGCAACAUUCCCUACUCGUAUGAGAAGAGAAACAGAUGAGCGUCAAGCACAGCUGCUUAAGGUUAAGCAGUAUGAAAUGGAGUUCCUUGAAGAAUUGCUUAAGCCACAGGGAAAAGUAAAUGCACAACACCAUGAUGUUCCUGGCUCAUUGGUACCUGGGCGCUGCCCAUGUCAGGUACGUAGCAGCCCUCUACAAAAAGUACCAGGGAUGUCUCGUGAACAAAGGCGUAGCUGUGAUUGUAAACGUAUUAUAAGAGGUAUACGUGCCCCACCUAACCCUUUUCUAGAACCGGAACUAAGGAGCAGGUCAAGAGUCUCUGGCUCAGGUCUUACAGGUAUUAGACUUGUCCGGUCUUCAAGUCUUGAGUCUCACAAAACAGAAAAAAUGUCUCCAGGUAUUAACACUUCCGCAGCAGAUAGUGAGAGCAAUAUGCAUUAUACAAAGUUGCCACAAAUGUCUAAUAGAACUGAUGGAAAUAAAAAGGAAGCUCCCUACAACCCUCAUCCUACUAAAUCACAGAAGAAAGACAGUGAUUCUUCCAUACUUAAAAGCAAGCUGUUAGAUACAUCAGGGAGCAGGGAGGAACCAAAGACUCCAGUUAUUCUGCCACGGCAAGGAGAUACUAUUUCUGUCCAAACCAAGUUGCCUGGAGAGGAAGGGUCUAUUACAGAGGAAAAAUGUUGCUCUUUUCGGCAUUGCUUUAAUUGCCGUAGAUGCUUAUCUGCAGAUGAAAACAAUGAUAAGGAUGAAUUAUCUUACUCUAUUCCCAUGCAGAUCCUUCCAGGAAUGCAUAUAAAUUCUGAUAACACACCUGUUGUAAGUCAGACUCUUCAAGUACUGGAUGCUACUGCAUGUAGUGGCCCUGAAGAUAUUCAAACACAAGAGAUUGAUCUCCGGACUGCCACUUUUGAGGGAAGUCUUGCUAAAGUUAAUGCAUUACGUGGACGUAGUUAUUCCCUACCUGAUGGCUUCAUAUCUGUUCAACUUGACACCAGUGAACUUCUAACAGUUUUGCGCCAGUGCCUAGUGAGCACUGAGACGGCUGCACCGAAGCUUAAUUCAGUGCAUCUAGGUAAACACAAACAAGAGCUAACAUUGCGAUUUAAAGAAUUCAGGGCAUCUUGCAGAAGAAUGGCUGGAGUUGAUAAGAAUCCAGAGCACAUGCUGAUUGCAGUGACGUCUAGCUUCCAGGUCCUUUGUGGCUUGAUUGAGACUUUUGUAAAACUGAUCUUUGUGAUCCAAUCAGACAGUCAACGUCAGGAACUGUUAAGCAAAGUAGAAGAAGUAGUGAGAAAUUAUACAUUCUUGCUUAGAGCAGCAGAGGAAUCCAGUGCUCGGACAAUUGGGCAUAGUCACACUGUAGUAGGCCAGUUAGCCAAGCAAAGUGCUACAGUGGCUACAGCAGUUAGCACCUUUUCCCGUUCGCUAAAAACUCUAAUGAAUAAGUAGUGUUUGUGACUGAAAAACAAGAAAAAUAUC